UGAUUUUUCAAGGGGAAAAAACUAACCUUGCUGAAAAACAAGCUGCAAAAUUUGAUGUGAAGAAAUUCACUGAGGGUGUAUGUAAGGAUUUGAGUCGUUUGUUCAGUUCGGAGUCUUUUGAUCUUGUCUUGAGCAUUUGUAUAUGCAUGGCUCAGUGGAUCUGGGGCAGGAAUUAUAACUUCCUCCACAAAAUGACAGAUGAAACCGUGCCUUCUACUCUUCUGGAAAGUGAGAGGAGAGACUAUGAAGACGCCGGACUGUUGCUGAACUCACCCUACUUCUCAGUGCUGAGAGAAGAAAGACACAUUGACCUCAUCAUUUCCCUGGAUUUCAGUGAAGGCGAUCCUUUCAUGACAGUGAAGGAAACUCACAAACUGUGUGAGGAACUAAACAUCCCUUUCCCUGAAGUCAACGUUCCCAGUGAAGAGGCAAAGAAACCGAAGGACUUCUAUGUGUUCAAAAGCCAAAACGCUCCAACCGUGAUUCACAUCCCUCUGUUUAAUGUGGUCAACUGUGGAGAUAAUAUUGAGGCCUGGAGGAACAAUUAUGGGACCAUUCAAGGUUCUUACAGCCGUAAGAAGAUCACUGAUCUUAUGGACGUCGCUGGAAAAAACAUCUCAAACAACAGAGAGAAACUGAAGGAGCAGAUCGAUGCAGUCAUUGAGCAAAAAAGACAGGAAUGA